CCUCGGGUUGUUCUCCGGUGAAAUAGCCUAGAUGUCAGAGGGAGAUAAUUGUUGCGUCCCUUUUAAAAGUGAUGUCUUAUACAAGUGGAUAAAUUUUUUGUACGGUUGGCAGGAACGCUACUUUGUUUUGUGUGAUGGCUAUCUCUCCUAUUAUAAGUCUCCCGAAGACUUAGAUUCCUGCCGCGGUUCAAUAUGUUUAAAGUUUGCUUCUAUAACUAUUCAUCCUCUUGAUAACUUAAGAAUUGAAAUACUUGUUCCACAAAAAAAUGAAGAAGUCAUUUCCAUGCAUUUAAGGUGUUUUACAAUUGAGCAAAUGGAAGACUGGCUUAAACAUUUAGAGCUUCAUCGUCAAAUCACAAGCCUUCGAUUUUCUUCAGCUUUAGAUAAUUUAAAAAACGAACCAGUAUACGUUGAAGGUCCAAUGGAAUCUAAAGCCGCCUUUGUCCCCUCUUGCCACCAUAAACGUUGUCUGAGCGAAGGCAGUGAAACUUCUGCACUUUCUAGUUGGGCCUUGUCUAUUUCUUAUCAAGCUCAAGAAAAACAACUAUUGAAUUUCCUGUCGGACGCCACUCGGCGUCAAGCCAUCCUGCUCCAAUCGCUAACCCGCUUGGCUGGUCUCCUCCCUGCAGACAGUAGCGCGCAUAUCAUCCCCGGCCUGGUGGAGUUGGAGAACACCGUUAAGGCGGUUUACCAGAGUUUGAGCGAGUGUGCCGACAUAGUUAAGCUGCAAAGUGAAGAACACAAUAAAAGGCUCGCAUUACGUAGGAACCGCCAAAACGUGUUAGAAAAAUUAAAGAAGCAAGUGGAACUUGCUCAGUCUCACGCUUCCAUUCCUCCAAUGCACGAAAUUAAAGAGGAAACGACGCCUGUAUCUGAUGAGAAGUGUAGGCAAAAGCUUUCCUUCCCUUCCGAACCAGCCAAAGUCGGUGGUACGAAUUAUGCUCGCUAUGAAAGCACUAUAGAAGCUUGCGUUCAAAAUAUUCUUUCCAUUGCAGAAGAUGCUACCGAUUUAGAUAAUACCUGGGAGCCAAUCGAGAUUACCGAGCAUCAUCGGUUAUACCGAAGAGAUAUCCUAUCCACUACGCCAGACGGUAAGAAGUCAAUUGACGAUUCAUUGAUUGCUUUUGCCACUAUCAAGGGCAUCACCGCUGGGGAACUUUGUUUUUUUUUUUUCGACUUGAAAACCCGGUGGAAGUGGGAAGCUAUCAUGGAAAACUGCAAAGUAUUAGAAGACUUAGGCAGUAACACACUGAUCCUCAACCAAAGCUACGUACGGGUCUGGCCAGCUAAUCAGCGGGAUUGCACAUUCCUCUCACACUUCCGCAAGUGGGACGACCAGCGAGCGGCUUGCGUUAUAAAUGUGAGCGUCAGCGACCACCAAGCGGAUAUUUUGCCCCCUGGCUUCGUGAGGGCUACUUGCAAUACUGGCAUGUACUGCAGAACCGUUGUGUUGGAGCAUGCCGCCAGGAAGCCAGCGGACCAACUCACAAGAAAUGACGUAGCUGCUGAAAUGGUGUACACUGGAAAGGUUAGCCCAGGAGGUUGGAUUCCCUGUAGCGCUGUGAGGGCCGCCAGCCGCAGGGAGUACCCUAAGUUCAUUACUCGUUUAGCGAAAGCCUGCCAGGACCAUGUGAAUGCCAAUCAUAUUCCCCUCAUCCUUAAAAAUUUGUGA